AUGAAGUUCUUAACUACUGCUGCCUUUGCUACCUUAGCCGCUGCUGUCGCCAAUGCUGCUGUCACCUUGACUGUUACUGACUCUACCAAUGACUCUUUGAACGGUAUGGGUUUGUCUUCUAUCCACGAAGGUGCUGGUAUUAACUACUUCUUGCUUGGAACCAACGCUGAAGACUUGGACUACGUUGACGGUAAGUUGCAAGCUCAAUUAGGAAACUUCCCAUACUUCUUCAAUGCUGACCAAAACAUUGUCCAAUUAUCUGUCGUUGCUUCCCCAACAGUUAAGAUCACCGAUGGUAAGAUUGACUUGGGUAGCCAAGUCUACGCUUGUAAGAACAUCAAUGACCCUUACAACUACUCAAAAUCUUCAUACGCUGUUGUUGUUGGUGAAAUGGGUACCGAUUGUUACCCAAUCUCCAUCAAGGUCAAUGGUUUAGACUCUUCUUCUGCUUCUUCUGCUGCUGAAUCUACUACUAUGGCCGCUUCUACCAACACAACUACUGUUGCUUCUACUCUUACUGAAACUGUUUGUACUGAAUGCACUGCUUCUUCAACCUCCAUCAACACUAUUUCAUCUGUUGGUGGUGCCGGUAAGAAUGUUGCUGGUGUUGCUGCUGCUGGUAUGGCUGCUGUCGCUAUGCUUUUGUAA